AUGGUGCUGAUUACUGCGCUAGCCGCCACGUUUUCUGCUACUUUGGCAGCAGCAGCAACUAUUGAUAAAAGGAUAGUAGGCGGAGAAGUUGUCCCGGAGGGUGAAAUCAAAUGGAUUGUCAGUCUUCGCGAUGAGAACGGGACUCAUGUUUGCGGAGGCAGUCUGCUAGACAGCACAACGGUUCUCACAGCUGCCCAUUGCAUUGAGAGCAAAGAAACUAAAAUCGUUUCUGUGACGGCUGGAACAGUGUUAUCAACUCCCAUCGAGAAGAGCGACGCUAUUGAGUACGCCAGGCUUCCUCUGGUCGGUGGGGACGCCGUGGUCAAUACCACCGGGAUAUCGGCAGGCUGGGGCACGCAAACCCCUAUAGGGCUAAAUAAGGGUAAAGAUGGGAAACGGAAACCCGUCGUCGAAGUUGAAACACUCAGCAAGGUCGUUCUUGAUGUCCACGCACGUGAGGUCUGUGCCGCCAAGGGCAAGGACCAGCAUAUAACUGACAGAGAUACCUUUAUAUGCGCGGGUGGACAAGGCAAGAACUCAUGCAGGGGGGAUAGCGGUGGUCCUCUUUUCGUCCCGGAAACACAGGUGUUGCUUGGUAUCGUGUCCUGGAGCAUCAAGGACAGAAAGGCAAAUACUUUUUGCGGCGACAGUCCCACCGUAUUUACGAGAGUUGGCAGCUAUAUCGACUGGAUCAACGAGACCAGGAACAGGCUUGCUGCUAUGGAAUAA